UGUAACCUUUAACUACAGGACAGAUAAGGGAUCUUCCUUGCGAUGCUAAGUGCUGAAAGUGACAUGAAAAAGUACAGAGUCAUCCUGCUCUUUAUCAUCGGUGGAUGGGAGGGAAAAUCGAAGAUGGGAUGUCAAAUGUGUUACCUACCCGACCUUUGACCUUAACUCUAUCCCUUGUCUGGUCUGCAGGUGAUAAUCCGCAUGUGUAAGAUCAUCGAUAAGACGUGUCUGUCUCCCACACCCACCCUGGAGCAACACCUGAUGUGGGAUGAUAUCGCCAUCCUGGCCCGCUACAUGCUCAUGCUGUCCUUCAACAACUCUCUGGACGUGGCCACUCACCUGCCCUACCUGUUCCACGUGGUCACUCUGCUGGUGGCCACCGGCCCCCUGUCCCUCCGCGCCUCCACACACGGCCUGGUCAUCAACAUAAUCCACUCCCUCUGUACCUGCUCCCAGCUCAACUUCAGUGGUGAGGAGGCCACACAAACAGCACCCUGGCCCUGGCUGUAGAGAGGACAGACAGACAGACAAAGAUAGUGAGAAGUGAAAUGAUUAAAAGGCAGAGGGUUGAUGAGUGUCAUGUCUUGAUUCAGUGUUUUGAAAGUAGAUGGAUAGCUAGAGAUGUACACUUUUGGGGGAGAGAUUUUUCAUUGAUGUACUGUAUGGCCUUGCGAGACUCACUGAUAACUAUUCCCCUGUGUGCUUCUCUCUUCCAGAGGAGACCAAGCAGGUCCUAAGGCUGAGCCUGACAGAGUUCUCCCUGCCUAAGUUCUACCUGCUGUUUGGCAUCAGUAAGGUCAAGUCUGCUGCGGUCAUCGCCUUCCGCUCCAGCUACCGCGAUCGCUCCUUCUCCCCCGGGUCAUACGAGAGGGAGACCUUUGCCCUGUCCUCCCUGGAGACAGUCACAGAGGCCCUGCUGGAGAUCAUGGAGGUCAGGAGAUCACCCCACUGACAUCGUCACUCAUUAUUCCAUCGUCACUAUAGCAUGAAACUACUGACUGUACCGGUUUAGAUGCUGGGUGAACACCAACCAAAUUGUAUAUUCUACUUGCCUUCAAAUAUAUCCAGUCUAGCAUACAAAAUGCUCGAAAUGUGUUUCCUCUUUUCCACAAGGCCUGUAUGAGGGAUAUCCCUGGCUGUAAGUGGCUGGACCAGUGGACAGAGCUGGCUCAGAGGUAUGGCAACCACACACCACCAUUUACCCUCUUCAGUGGCGCCAACCACACUGUCCGCUCUAAAUCAAUUAUCUGUUGCUUAUCUUACUAUUGGUGCUAAUGUCAGAGCUAUGUAAAGAGGCUUCAGACCACUUACAUAAAAAUAAAAAAUAAAAAUGUUUUAGUCAUUUAGCAUACGCUCUUAUCCAAAGUGACUUACAGGAGCAAUUCGGGUUAAGUGCCUUGCUCAAGGGCACAUAGACAGAUUUUUCACCUAGUCGGCUCGUGGAUUCGAACCAGCGACAUUUCGGUUACUGGCCCAACUCUCUUAACCGCUAGGCUACCUGCCUCCCUCAACUUGACUGGCUUUUAUAAGGCAUGCGUGUGAAUGGAGUCUGUGUAUUCAUCAUUCUCUCCCUCUCCCUCUCCCUCCAUCCCCUUAUACCUCUCUCCUCCCCCUCUAUCCCAAUCUCCCCUCCCUCCCUCCGUCAGGUUUGCCUUCCAGUACAACCCGUCCCUGCAGCCCAGAGCCCUGGUGGUGUUUGGCUGCAUCAGUAAGAGGGUGACCCACGGCCAGAUCAAACAGAUCAUCAGGAUUCUCAGCAAGGCCAGCCCCCUGCUCAGCAUAGACCGGGUCUGUGUCCCAUCACUCUGCCCUGUUCCUCGCUAUGUUCUAUCAUGCAUAGAAUUAGGACAUGCAUCUCAUUGAAACCACUUCUUGAAUGACUGUACUGUAUCUUGUAAAAACAAACAAUUGUCAGUGCAAAAAAAAAAAAGCUGUGCUGUUGUCAAAAUAGAUUCUAUCACUUCAAGGAACUGCGCUUGCAUCUCGUGCCCUUUUUAUCUGCUAAGUGGCAUUCUAAAUCCACAGAAAUGAUCGUUACUCUCGUGUGAACGUUGCAAGUCUUCUAAUAGAUUCUGCUACAAGUAUUGGAAGUAGUUGUGAAUGCUGGAGCAGUGUCUGAUCCUGUCUCAUUAGGGUCUGUCUGUUGAAAGGUGCUGUGUGUAGCAUAACCUGUGCUGCGCAGACAGAACUGACCUGUUGUCUUUUGUCUGUCCAUAGGGUCUGGAGAGUUGUCUAAAGGGACCUGAUAACUACAACAGCCAGGUGUUGAUAGAAGCCACAGUAAUCGCUCUCACCAAGCUACAGCCUCUCCUCAACAAGGUACAGACACAGAUGGCCGAUCUCAAAGUAUCAUUUAGGAGAUGGAUGUGUUAAAUGUUCUGGUGAGCUAACUUAUUUGUGUGUGUGUGUAUAUGAACCACAUUCUAAUAAGUAUAACCCAAAGCUCCUUCUGACACGCAGAGAGGAGGGAAGUUAUUUUGGCCCUGGCUGUAUGUGUUUAAAUAGGCUGCUGUCAGACGAUAGAUGGUGGCAGUAAAUGGUCAUGUGAGACUCUCUCUGACUGCAAGUGUGUUUGUUGGCGCCUCACCACAGCUCGCCUAUGCACAGGGCCCUGUGUUUGUGUGUGUGUGUGUGUGUGUGUGUGUGUGUGUGUUGGAUGGGAGUGGUGGUGAGGCUAAAUAACAGCCUGUGUGUUUCCUCCAGGACUCCCCCAUGCACAAGGCUCUGUUCUGGGUGGCCGUGGCUGUGCUCCAGCUGGACGAGGUCAACCUCUACUCUGCCGGCACCGCCCUGCUGGAGCAGAACCUCCACACUCUGGACAGCCUCAGGGUAUUCAACGACAAGGUACUAAACACACAAACAUACGGUAACAAACACACACCUUUUCAAAAGGAUGGUCUUCCACAAACCUUCACUUUGAUUUCAUUAUUUUCCCUAACUAAAAUUGUAGAUGUUUUAAACCCUAUGUGUCCCUCUUCUUUUUCCCUGUAGAGUCCAGAGGAGGUGUUUAUGGAGAUCAGGAAGCCUCUGGAGUGGCACUGUAAACAGAUGGACCACUUUGUGGGCCUCAACUUCAAUUCCAACUUCAACUUUGCACUAGUGGGUCACCUGUUGAAAGGUAAGUAGGCAGAGGUGUCUAAGCAUUGGGUCGGUAGGGGACUGCAUGGUUGAGCUCUUUGUCUCUAACCAACCACCUCUCUGUCCAGGGUACAGACACCCCUCCCCCAACACAGUGGCGCGGACCAUCCGGAUUCUCCACACACUGCUGGCCCUGGUGGGAAAACACCUCAACUGUGACAAGUUUGAGGUGAACACCCAGAGUGUGGCCUACCUGGCAGGUGAGUUCUGUAGGGAUCCCCAAUGAAGCCAUUAUUAGAGUGUUUUGCAUCUUCAGGAUGCCCAUGUUCAUAUUGACUUUAAACAAUAGUGAUUUUCAUGUAUAUUCUUUAUUUGCAUGUCAACGGUUUCUGCGUAGAAAACAAACUGAUCUCGUAGUGAAAUGAUGCGUUUCUGUGUGUGUAGCUCUCCUCACUGUUUCGGAGGAGGUCCGCAGCCGCUGCAGCCUCAAGCACAGGAAGUCCCUGCUCCUCUCGGAAGUUACCAUGGAGAAUGUUCCCAUGGACACGUACUCUGUGCACCACAGCGACCCCUGCUGCAGGUGACUGACUCUACAGGGCUGCCUGCUGAGAGAGCAGCUGACUAAGAUGAAUUCUACCUCUCUGUCAAAAAGGAAUUGUAUGGACAAUAUGUGUUCACCUUUCAGAAUGUUUUGUUUUUCUCUCCCUCUGUGUCAGGACUCUUCGGGAGAGUCAGCCGUGGACGUCCCCCAAGGUGUCGGAACGCUACCUAGUGGCUCACUACUCCUCGGUGGGGCAGAUCAGCCCCCGCACACGCAAGUCCAUGAGCCUGGACAUGGGCCAGCCUUCCCAGGCAAACACUAAGAAACUGCUGGGUAAGACACCUGUCAAUCGUUCUGCACUGCUAGAGACCAACAGAAGAGUUUUAACAUGAGAGAACUGGUCAGAGGGACUUUAUAGACAUUCUUACAUGAUGACUUAGAUAUCCAUAGAUGAUCCACCAGGUCUGUGCUAUUUUAGGUGUUGUUAUUGUUUAAGUGAAUUGACCUGUGUGUGUAUGCCCCAUUGUUUAACAUGACCGUCAUGUAUUUUUCUAUGCUGGCUCACCAGGCACUAGGAAGAGUUUUGAUCACUUGAUAUCAGACAACAAAGCACCAAAGAGGCCAGAUAUGGAGUCUGGCAUCACUACGCCUCCAAAGAUGAGGAGGGUGGCGGAGAACGAUUAUGAAAUAGGUGAGUGUCCAGGUCAGUGUCUGUCUCCUCUUCACCUGACACUUACAUGAUGUUUGUGGCAUGGAUGUUAGAGCUUUGACACUGACUGUCUCUAUCUCUCUCUCUCCAUCCCACAGAAUCCACCCAAAGAAUCUCCCAUCACACCCUGAGGAAGGUGUCUGUGUCAGAGUCCAAUGUGCUGCUGGAUGAAGAGGUCCUCACAGACCCCAAGAUCCAGGCUCUGCUGCUCACGGUCCUGGUGAGACCACUCACUCAGCUCUCCUCCUUCACCUCUGUCUUUCUCUGUCUCUCUUAACUUCCCUCUCUCACAGUUCCUCUUCAUUAGUUUGUGCCUAUUUCUAACAUGCUGGUGUGAACGAUCUAACUGUUCCUUUCUGUCUUGGCUCUAUGCUACAGGCUACGUUGGUGAAGAAUACAACAGAUGAUUUUGACCAGAGAAUCCUCUACGAGUUUUUAGCUGAAGCUAGUGUUGUCUUCCCUAGGGUAUUUCCAGUUGUGUAAGUGUUUCAUUUCAACCCAAUAAAGCCAUUAACAAAUAUCUAUAUAUAUAUUACAGUGCCUUCGGAAAGUAUUCAGACCCCUUGACCUUUUCCACAAUUUGUUACGUUACAGUCUUAUUCUAAAAUGGAUUAAAUAAAACAUUUUCCUCAAUCUAUACACAAUACCCCAAAAUGACAAUGCGAAAACCGGUUGUUAGACAUUUUUGCAAAUGUAUUAAAAAUAAAAAAUUGAAAUACCUUACUUACAUAAAUAUUCAGACCCUUUGCUAUGAGACUCGAAAUUGAGCUGAGGUGUAUCCUGUUUCCAUUGAUCAUCCUUGAGAUGUUUCUACAACUUGAUUGGAGUCCACCUGUGGUCAAUUCAAUUGAUUGAAAAGGCACACACCUGUGCAUGUCAGAGCAAAAACCAAGCCAUGAGGUUGAAGGAAUUGUCCGUAGAGCUCCGAGACAGGAUUGUGUCGAGGCACAGAUCUGGGGAAGGGUACCAAAAAAUGUCUGCAGCAUUGAAGGUUCCCAAGAACACAGUGGCCUCCAUCAUUCUUAAAUGGAAGAAGUUUGGAACCACCAAGACUCUUCCUAGAGCUGGCCGCCUGGCCAAUCUGAGAAAUCAGGGGAGAAGGGCCUUGGUCAGGGAGGUGAUAAAGAACCCGAUGGUCACUGACAGAGCUCCAGAGUUCCUCUGUGGAGAUGGGAGAACCUUCCAGAAGGACAAACAUCUCUGCAGCACUCCACCAAUCAGCCAGACGGAAGCCACUCCUCAGUAAAAGGCACAUGACAGCACGCUUGAAGUUUGCCAAAAGGCACCUAAAGGACUCUCAGACCAUGAGAAACAAGAUUCUCUGGUCUGAUGAAACUAAGAUUGAACUCUUUGGCCUGAAUGCCAAGCGUCACGUCUGGAGGAAACCUGGCACCAUCCCUACGGUGAAGCAUGGUGGUGGCAGCAUCAUGCUGUGGGGAUGAUUUUCAGCGGCAGGGAAACUAGUCAAGAUCUAGGGAAAGAUGAACGGAGCGAAGUACAGAGAGCUCAGGACCUCAGACUGGGAUGAAGGUUCACCUUCCAACAGGACAACGACCCUAAGCACACAGCUAAGACAAUGCAGGAGUGGCUUCGGGACAAGUCUCUGAAUGCCCUUGAGUGGCCCAGCAUGGCUACCACAGCAUUCUGCAGCGAUACGCCAUCCCAUCUGGUUUGGGCUUAGUGGGACUAUCAUUUGUUUUUCAACAGGACAAUGACCCAACACACCUCCAGGCUGUGUAAGGGCUAUUUGACAAAGAAGGAGAGUGAUGGAGUGCUGCAUCAGAUGACCUGGCCUCCACAAUCCCCCGACCUCAACCCAACUGAGAUGGUUUGGGAUGAGUCGGACCGCAGAGUGAAGGAAAAGCAGCCAACAAGUGCUCAGCAUAUGUGGGAACUCCUUCAAGACUGUUGUAAAAGCAUUCCAGGUGAAGCUGGUUGAGAGAAUGCCAAGAGUGUGCAAAGCUGUCAUCAAGGCAAAGGGUGGCUAUUUGAAGAAUCUCAAAUUUAAAAUACAUUUACUUUUUUGGUUACUACAUGAUUCCAUAUUUGUUAUUUCAUAGUUUUGAUGUCUUCACUAUUAUUCUACAAUGUAAAAAAUAGUAAAAAUAAAGAAAAACCCUUGAAUGAAUAGGUGUGUCCAAACUUUUGACUGGUAGUAUGUAUGUAUGUAUGUAUGUGUACGUGUGUAUAUAUAUAUAUAUAUAUAUUCCAGUUAGUGUGUACACAUGCAUAAGUAAGCCUCAUCCUUCAUAUCAUGUUGUGGUCUUCUCUCCAGUCACAACCUGCUGGACUCGAAGAUCAACACCCUCUUAUCACUGUGCCAGGACCCUAACCUCCUAAACCCCAUCCAUGGCAUCGUGCAGAGUGUGGUGUACCACGAGGAGUCACCCCCCCAGUACCAGCCCUCCUACCUGCAGAGUGAGAGCACACCCACUUCUUUCCCUCUCCAAGCUCCACACACACACAAAAAAUACCAUUACAGUUACAACUAUGGGUUCUGUGGUGAAAAUGCCCAUUUAAUACUCACCUGUGUUUCUUCACUUUCUCUCUCAGGCUUUGGGUUUAAUGGUCUAUGGAGAUUCGCUGGGCCCUUCUCAAAGGUGAGCAGACACAAAUAAUUUGCCUCUUUAGAGUAUGGAAGGUUUAUUGUCAGUGUUUGUAACUUCCUUUCCAUUCUGCCUGUGCCAACAGCAAACCCAGAUCCCGGACUACGCUGAGCUGAUAGUGAAGUUUCUGGAUGCAUUGAUUGACACGUAUCUGCCAGGGAUCGACGAGGAGACGAGCGAGGAGUGUCUGCGUACGCCCACGUCGCCCUACCCCCCGCCCGUCCAGAGCCAGCUCAGCAUCACAGCCAACCUCAACCUCUCCAACUCCAUGACCUCACUGGCCACUUCCCAGCACUCCCCAGGUCUGCACACAGAUACAGUACACACACACAGUCAGCCAAAUCCAGCCAUUCUGUCUCUUGGCAGUUGUUAUUCUUUCAAAUUACACUAGCUGUGAUGCUUUACAGUGGCCUCCAUCUCAAACUAAAGAGACAUUUGACCCACUGACCAAUUUGUGUUUUCUCAUCAUAAUAAUAUUCUGGCCUUUUUGGUCUUUCCAUUUGACCAAUCAAGAGAAUCAACAUGCAUUUACAUUUUACAUUUUAAUCAUUUAGCAGACGCUAUUAUCCAGAGCGACUUACAGUUAGUGAGUGCAUACAUUUUUCAUACUGGCCCCCUGUGGGAAUCGAACCCACAACCCUGGAGUUGCAAGCGCCAUUCUCUACCAACUGAGCUACAGGAGACAUGCACUAACGAAUACAUAGAAUUAAAGAGAAAUAUAAAGUAUCCAUCCAUUUCCCACUGAAUUCAACCUCACCUGAAAAGUUCCAUCCACUAUAUUUAAGUAAUAAUGCCAGAGGGGGUGUGGUAUAUGGCCAAUAUACCACAGCUAAGGGCUGUUCUUAAGCACGACGCAACACGGAGUGCCUGGAUACAUCCUUUAACCGUGGUGUAUUGGCCAUAUACCACAAACCCCUGAGGUUAUAUCAGUAAAAAUAAAUGUUUUGUCAUACCCGUGAUAUACCACGGAUGUAAGCCAAUCAGAAUUCAGGGCUCGAACCACCCAGUUUAUAUGUAGCGUUAAAUAGUGGGUUCACCAACCUGGUCCAGGCUGAUUCUCUCUCUUUAACCCACUACUGCAUGAUGUUCUAGCUCAUAUUUUAUUAUUUUGUGUUCAUCAUACAUAUUCCAUUUUCUUCCUCAUUUGUUGUGCUGGAUGCGGUGUAGUUUAUAGACGAUCUCCAACUUUGUCCCAUUUGAGGUCCCCCGAUGUGGUGCCCCCCAAAAUGAUGGGUACAAUUAGAAACUAUAGAGCUGCAAUGGGCAAAUAGUGGCUCAGCCUAUAAUAUGUGCAAAACUUAUGUAUGUCUUGUAAUGUCAUGUCUUAACCAUUUAUUCAAUUUUUAUACUUUUGGAAAUGUUUCAUUAUUUGUUUUCUUCAUUUAAGAAAUUUUUGUAAUUUCUGCUAUGCCACUAUUUGGAUAUCGCUUUUCUCAUGAUUUAUUUAUCUGUCACUCCUUUGUUAAGUUGGGUUAAGUUUUGUUUUUGUUAAUCAUGUUGCUCUUGUUGCUCAUUGAUGUCAAUCUUCUUUUUGGGUUGCCAUCGUCACUCACUCCUGUUUCUUUUCCACUCUGUGUCUGUGAAGCUUCUCUGCCUUGCUCUAAGUCCGCCGUUUUCAACCCACACCUCGUCCGGCCAGGUAUUACUGCCCCUCGUCCCCAUGCUGCUCCUGACUCCCAGGCACACGGCACAGCCCCUCGUCCCCAUGCUGCUCCUGACUCCCAGGCACACGGCACAGCCCCUCGUCCCCAUGCUGCUCCUCCCUCCCAGGCACACGGCACAGCCCCUCGUCCCCAUGCUGCUCCUGACUCCCAGGCACACGGCACAGCCCCUCGUCCCCAUGCUGCUCCUCCCUCCCAGGCACACGGCACAGCCCCUCGUCCCCAUGCUGCUCCUCCCUCCCAGGCACACGGCACAGCCCCUCGUCCCCAUGCUGCUCCUGACUCCCAGGCACACGGCACAGCCCCUCGUCCCCAUGCUGCUCCUCACUCCCAGGCACACGGCACAGCCCCUCGUCCCCAUGCUGCUCCUGACUCCCAGGCACACGGCACAGCCCCUCGUCCCCAUGCUGCUCCUGACUCCCAGGCACACGGCACAGCCCCUCGUCCCCAUGCUGCUCCUCCUCCCAGGCACACGGCACAGCCCCUCGUCCCCAUGCUGCUCCUCCCUCCCAGGCACACGGCACAGCCCCUCGUCCCCAUGCUGCUCCUGACUCCCAGGCACACGGCACAGCCCCUCGUCCCCAUGCUGCUCCUCCCUCCCAGGCACACGGCACAGCCCCUCGUCCCCAUGCUGCUCCUCCCUCCCAGGCACACGGCACAGCCCCUCAGAGGUGUGUGGGGUAGCAGAGGCCCAUCACAAAGCCCAACAACACUACGAGCAUUUGUGAUGGAAGUUGAUGUACAUCAUGUUUCAAUGCCCAUAUACCGUAUGUCCUGUUUGAUCAAAACCAGUGGCGAACCAUGACUAUAGGACCUAGGCCUUCAGAGGGACCAAAAAUCUUCCAAUACGCUGUAUCAAAAUCACUUAAUGCGCCUGACAUUAUAUAUUCUGUUGUCGGACCGUUCUAGUUGUAGUGAAGGAGGAGCAAUGCUUUUGGAUGACAUUAUGAAUUAAUCAAACAGGCCUGGUCGCGCUUUGGCCUCCCGCACACACAGAGACCGAACCGGCAUGGACAGUGGACACAACGUGACACAAAGCAUAAAAUAAUGCAACCAGCAAAACCAAAAACACACUGUUUACACAACCUAUGGUAGCCUAACACCACUAUCACCAAUAGCAACAACAACAGUGUCACAUCAAAGGGGACAGGCUCGUUGUGCUGAAAGGACAGCGACCGUAAUACCUGUGCACUCCAUGGCGCUGAAGGAGAGCCAGUUUUGGUGAAACACAGACAUGGCUGACAGACAGGCAACAGCAGUCACACACAGCAUCAAAUCAUGUUAAAGAAUAAGCAGCCCAUUCAUUCCAGUAGGACCCAUGAAAUUAUAACAAUACAAAAGCACAACCAUUUCAUUAAAAAAAUGAAAUUAACAAACCAGCUAUUACUUCCAAUUACAAAUAUAUUUUAUCACGUUCAUCACACUAACCGGUGAUCUAAAGUUUAAAUGCAACAAUGUUUCACAGUCAUUAUUUUCGAAGAGAUAGCUAACAGCAAGCGAGCAGCAACCAAAAACAGUGCCACUCACCCAGAUAAUUAUCAUUUGUAAACAAAGUUUGAAAGUUAAUCUUGAAAUGGGUAAUGUUAACAAAUUAGCAACAACAUUCACCUUGAAGUUGAUAACAGCUGCUGCAGCCGCCGUCGCCAUUGUAACACUACUACAACACAAGCUAGCUAACAUUGUCACAAUACUACAACACAAGCUAACACUUUACUAGUGUUAUGACUUGAUCACACCUACAGCGUCAUUGCGUUUUGGUACACCAGAAGUACAUUAAUUUCCAAUGGAAUGUUGCCUUGCAGAAUUGCGUUGCAGUGCGUUCUGGGCAGUGGUGGAAAAAGUACCCAAUUGUCAUACUUUUUAAUAGAAAAUGACUCAAGUAAAAGAAAGACACUCCGUAAAAUAUUACUUGAGUAAAAGUCUAAAAGUAUUUGGUUUUAAAUAUACGUAAGUAUCUAAAAUAAAUGUAAUUGCUAAAAUAUACUUAAGUAUCAAAAGUAAAAGUAUAAAUCAUUUCAAAUUCCUUAUAUUAAGCAAACCAGACGACACAAUCUUCUUAUUAUUAUUUUUUCCGGAUAGCUAAACACACACUCAGACAUCAUUUACAAAUGAAGCAUUUGUGUUUAGUGAGUCCGCCAGAUAAGAGGCAGUCGGGAUGACCAGAGAUGUUAUCUUGAUUAGUGUGUGAAUUGGACCAUUUUCCUGUCCUGCUAAGCAUUCAAAAUGAAACAAGUACUUUUGGGUGUCAGGGAAAAUGUGUGGAGUAAAAGGUACAACAUUUUCUUUACGAAUAUAGUAAAGUAAAAGUUGUCAAAAAUAUAAAUAGUAAAGUACAGAUAUACCCCAAAAAAAUACUUAAGUAGUACUUUAAAGUAUUUUUACUUAAGUACUUUACACCACUGGUUCUGUGUGGCGCAUACAUAGGAUUUAUCGAAGGUAUGCAUCAAAUUGUAUGCAUAGACGGCCUGACAGAAAUGGUAGCAGAAGGUGAAUGUUGAACUUUUGUUGCACACACAUCCAGAUGAUGUUGCAUACCAUUUCGCGCAAUGACACUGUAGGUGUGUUUGAGGCGUUAGCGCGGGAAAACUACUGCUUGCACCACAGAUUUUCUCUUAAACUCACUUUUUUUUUUUUAAACGGUCCCACCCAUUGCAAGUCAAAAUAUGAUUGGUUCAUUCCACUGUCACUCCAAAAUUCUGCUCUAAUACAGUUGAAUGGCAGAGGCCUUCUGUACAGCUUCUGAAGGCCUAGCCAAUGGCUGGCUGAGCUAGCUAGGUUUUUCUACCCAGAGACCACCAAAGAAAAUCCUGAUUGAAUAUUUUUUUCUCUUCAGUAUUAACCCUUCUCUUUCCAACACAAACUGAAGAGAUGAAAUCAGAAGAUCAUAAAAAUUAUUGUAAAGAUGAAAUAGAAAUUUUAUUUUAUUUCAAAGAAUAAAUACAGUACCAGUCAAAAGUUUGGACACACCAACUCAUUCAAGGGUUUUUCUUUAUUUUAACUAUUUUCUACAUUGUAGAAUAAUAGUGAAGACAUCAAAACUAUGAAAUAACACAUAUGGAAUCAUGUAGUAACCAAAAAAGUGUUAAACAAAUCAAAAUAUAUUUUAUAUUUGAGACUCUUCAAAUAGCCAUAAUUUUCCUUGAUGACAGCUUUGCACACUAUUUUUAUAAAUUCUUAGGCCUUCAAUGAAGGCCUAGAAGGCCCUCACGGUUCCCCACUGUUCAAAAUACAGAGCAAUCCUAUUGCAAAAGUUGGGGCGCUUAGGUCAGAAAUGGUGCAUUUGUUUUCAGCCAUUGGUACAUGGGUUCACUACUCCCCCUACUGUUGGAUUUGUAGCUUUAGAAUCCCUGUGUGUUUUUUACAGUAUUGAUAGCCACAUAAAAGUAGAUUACAUGUCGUUUUUCAGGUAGAUAACUCAAAAGCUUUUGCAUUACAUUAGAAUUAUAUAAUAGAAUAGUUUGUAAUGUAUUAGUGUGACAUAUUAUACCUGAUGGCCUGUGUUUGGUGUGUGUGUGUGUGUGUCCUCCGGCAGGCAUCGACAAGGAGAAUGUGGAACUCUCUCCGACCACGGGUCACAGCAACAGCGGGCGCACGCGCCACGGCUCUGCCAGCCAGGUGCAGAAGCAGCGCAGUGCAGGCAGUUUCAAACGGCCCAGCAUCAAGAAGAUCGUAUGAGAGAGGCCCACCACUAGGGCCCCUUACUGGGGUCGCCCACGCCAGUCAUCAUGCUGCACUUUUACUCCAACUCUCUCUUUCUAUCUCUUGUUCUAUCGAUCUCUCUC